UAUUUUUAAAGAAUACUUGGAGAUAAAGAAUAAUGACAGUAGUAUCGAAUUAUGGAUUAUGAAUAUUAAAAAUUACCAAACAAAAUUAUUAAAUAUUUUUAAAACCAUUCUUUUACAUUUGAUGAAAAAGCAAGCAAUGUAUGGUGAUUUGUUGCUGAAAGCGAACAAUCUAAUUACUAUCGUAAAGUGUCAUAAUGAAAUGGGUGAAUUACUUUCCAAAUUAUAUGUACAUGAGCUUUUUGGUGACAUAAAAGAGGAUUUUUCAACUAUAGUAAACUCUUUCAAAGGUCUUCCUUCAAACUGCAACAUAAUACGUGAUGCGCACCUAGUAAUGAUUUUAAAUAUUCAAGGCAUAAUUGAUAAUAUUAAACCGAAUCAUUUUAAAUUGUUCGAUAAAAACAUAUCUGACCCAGAAUAUUUAUCAAAUCAAAUGAAUUUAGUCCAGAAUCUUAUUUCAGACAUUGGAAUAAGCAAAAAAAAUUUCGAUGACAAGAUAACACCUUUUAAAAAAAUUAUUGACGAUGGAUUGAGUUAUAAUUAUUCUAUCAUAUAUAUGUAUAUAUAUUACUUGAAUAAUACUUUUAAAGGAUGGAAAAGUGGACAUGUCACCAACGUCAAUGGGUAUGCUCUACACAAAUGCAGAGGGCCCAAUGAGUUGUUCAUCAUGUCCACCCUGACCGCAUUCGAGGAUACUGUCAGCUCAUGGAACAAGGGAGGGAGAAGAAAAGAUAUGCUAAAAAAAUUUAUUUAAAUUACGUCUUGAUAUUACUAAACUAGACAAUGAUUAAUUAUUAACAAUUGAAUUAAUUAAGUUCAACACCAAGAUAACAAACUGUACCAUAAAAGUAAUACCUGAGGACAAUAAAUUUACCAUGAGUAUAAGGGCACAAAUAGACAUGUCAUUACCGUCAAUUAAGAGAUAUUCACCAUGUCAUCCAAACAGUACACGCAAUCCAUAGGCUCAGUAUUACACAUCCAGCACAUCAGCCCUC